CUGGUUUUUCCUAACUCUAUACCAGAAAGGAACACCUUAUACGAACGUCCGCGAAGUAGGGGAGAAGAACCGAUUCGUGCCGACACAUGCAUCAGUGUGUUUUGGUGGUUGCCUUGCCGAUUCUUUCGGUUCCGUAUUGUAGAAGAGAAAAAUCAAUUUUAGCACAACUAUAUUUUAUAGGGUAGUGGUCGUUUGGACAAUUCCACAUUUAUAGGGUGAUUACACUAGACAAUUUAUCGACUCAAUUAUAAAAUCUUAUGAUUUUUGACAUUAAAAACAUGUCAUAUAUCUCAUAAUGGCAAUAAAAAAUAUAAAUCGAUCAAAUAUUUGAAGGCUUUAUUGACAUUAGAACGAUGUUUCAAGUGAAAGUUUCGUAUAUUAUUAGACGUAUUUGUAGCUGGUUCAAUAUCUUCAAUAAUAGGUACCUUCCUUCUUCAACCUUUAGACGUGAUGAAAACACGUUUACAAACACCUCAUCUGCUACCAGUCAAAGAUGGAAAAACUAAAUACGGCAUGAUCACUUUAUUCCUUCAUAUUAAAGAGCAAGAGAAUAUUAAAAUGUUGUGGGCUGGAACGGUUCCAUCUUUAAUAAGAGGUGUUCCCGGAGGUGGGAUUUAUUUUAUGGCGUAUGAUUGGUUUAAAAAUACAUUUUUUCCAAAUCAACAACGCAUUAAUACUAUACAGUCGAUUGGAAUAGGAGUAUUCGCAAGAACUAUUAGUGAUGUUGCCGUAAUUCCUUUAAGUGUCAUAAAAACACGAAUGGAAAGUGGAGUUUACAAAUAUAAAAGUUUUUUAUCGGGAAUGAAACAAAUAUAUACACACGAAGGAUGGAGAGGAUUGACAUCGGGAUUAGUUCCUACAUUAGCACGUGAUGUUCCAUUAUCUGGAAUGUAUGUAAUGUGCUAUAUUCAGUCGCUAGAACUUGUACCUCUUGAGCUACGUCAAUCUCAUCCAUACAAAGUUAAUUUCACAUGUGCCACAAUUGCUAGUAUUUUCUCCGCGAUUAUCACUCACCCUCCGGACGUGAUACAAACCCACAUGCAACUUUUUCCCAAUAAAUACAAGAGCAUAUCGCCGGUUAUUACAGAUAUUUGGUUACAAGACGGUUUCCCAGGAUUUUAUCGAGGAAUCAUAUUGAGAUUAAUGAAACGAACCAUUUUAGCGACUAUAUCGUGGACGUUAUACGAAAAAGUUAAAGCGGAAAGUACGAAAUAAAUAUAUUCAAUCAU